UAGAAAACAGUCGUCCGCAGGAUACCGAGUUUGCUGUCUUUUGUAGUCAGUAAGAACUGAGAAAGAAUUGAGGAGACCGGUUUCCUCCGCAAACCAAAGAACUUCACCACCCCACAUCUCUAUCUGUGCCCUCUCUGGAUUCAAGCUUUUCACAGUACCAAAACAAAAUACUAUUGUAAGUGCCUUGGAGAAUUGCACAUUUCCAUUUUUCUGCUACAAAGGAAGGGGUUGCUCUAUGGGGCUUUGUUUGUUAAUUCCACAUUUUGAGGCUGCUGGGUUGGCUGUUGAAUGAGUAGUCUGUAUUUAGCUCGAGUCUCAUUUUUCAGCACUCCACUGGUGUUGGCGUUUGCUAAAUUCUGAUUUUUUUUUUCAAAGGAUCUUUUAGUUUCAUGCCCUUUUAUAUAUAUCUAGCAGCAGAAGAGAUGUCUGUGGCAGCUUCGGCUGCUGCUGCUGCUGUUGGGGCUGGGGCGGUCGCCUUGUUCAGACUAAACAGGUUGCCUUCUUCCCCCUCCACCUCCUACCGCUCUUGUCUUCUUCUCAAAGGACUCCGAGCUUUUGCACCAUUUCCAUACCGAUACCACUUCGCUUCUUAUUCUACUUCUUCUUUGCUUUCACAAGAAGCAGCAGCUGUUGCUUCCCAACUUCCACGCUCACACGCCAAUACCUCCUCCAAUGUGGUGGAAAUUCUUGAACAGAGGGGCCUGCUGGAAUCUCUCACCAGCGAUGGUCUCAGGUCCGUCUGCUCCUCCUCCGCCCCUAACCAACCACCUCUUCGAGUCUACUGUGGUUUUGACCCCACCGCUGAUAGCCUCCACCUCGGCAAUCUCCUUGGCAUUAUUGUCCUCUCUUGGUUCCUCCGCUGCGGUCAUCGUGCUGUCGCCCUCAUCGGGGGAGCCACCGGCCGCGUAGGUGACCCUUCUGGCAAGAGUUCCGAAAGGCCUGAGCUUGACCUUGAAACCCUCCAUAAGAACAUUUCUGGGAUUUCCGCCACCAUUCGCCACAUUCUUAGCAGGGCUGCUCCUACCCCUGAUUCUGUUUCUAUCCUGAAUAAUUAUGAGUGGUGGAAAGAUGUUAGGCUGCUGGAUUUCCUCAAGGAUGUUGGGAGGUAUGCGAGGGUGGGCACCAUGAUGUCCAAGGAAAGCGUCCGGAAGAGGCUUGAAUCUGAUCAGGGCAUGAGCUACACUGAGUUCACCUACCAGAUCCUCCAGGGCUAUGACUUUGUCCAUCUCUUUCGCCAAGAAGGAGUCUCUGUUCAGAUCGGUGGCAGCGAUCAAUGGGGCAACAUCACUGCCGGGACGGACCUUAUCCGCAGAAUUCUUCGCGUUGAAGGGGCAGCCUACGGACUCACAUUCCCUCUCCUCCUCAAGAGUGAUGGUACUAAAUUUGGAAAAUCAGAGGAUGGUGCCAUUUGGCUUUCCCCUUCCAAGUUUACCCCUUAUAACUUUUACCAGUAUUUCUUUUCGGUUCCUGAUGAUGAUGUUGUCAGGUUCCUCAAGAUGCUUACUUUCUUGAGCUUGGAGGAGAUUGCACAGCUGGAAAGGGACAUGGAUACCCCUGGCUAUGUUCCCAACACUGCCCAGCGUAGGCUGGCUGAGGAGGUUACUCGGUUUGUACAUGGUCAAGAGGGUCUGGACGAGGCUCUCAAGGCCACUGAGGCUUUGAGGCCUGGGGCAGCUACCAAGUUGGAUGCUAAAACCAUUGAGGGGAUUAGAGAGGAUGUUCCUUCUUGUUCGCUCCCUUACGAUCAGGUCCUGAGUCUGUCUCUGUUGGAUCUCUCGGUUUCAAGUGGAUUGCUUGAGAGUAAAUCAGCAGCACGGCGUCUACUCAAGCAAGGAGGGCUUUAUCUGAACAACAGUAGGGUUGACAGCGAGGCAAAAAAGAUUGAGGCAAAUGAUAUUAUAGACGGAAAAGUUAUUCUUUUAUCUGCUGGAAAGAAGAAUAAGAUGGUUGUAAGAGUUUCUUGAUUGCCUUUGCCUGGGAUUAUUUUUCAUUUCUUUUACAUCGCAGAACGUUCAUCAUUGCAAGUUUUGGAUUUGUCUAGAUUAAACAUAUGGACGUAGAUUUUGGUGGAGUUAAUGCUAUUUGGAAUAUCGUUUGUUCCUCUUUUC